CUCAUCAUCUCGCACGCGACAAUUUCUUUUAACUCACAUGUUUAUUUCUCUUUAGCCACGUGCCACCCGUUAGCCUUUUCUUUUAUAUCCUCUACAGUAAUAUUUUUCUUCUCAUUUAUCCUGUGAAGAAAAGACGCGGGAAUUUUAACUCACACGCGGGAAUUUUAACUCACUUGUUUAUUUUUUUAUAUUAAAUGCCUGAUGUCUUUUUAUUCUUUAUUUUCCUCAACUUUUCUUUCGUAACAAUUACAGUAAUAUUUUAUGUCACAAGAGGAAGAGCAAAAAUUUUUUGAAAUCGAGGGCUUUUGUCAAUACAAGUCUUGUACUAGACAUAGUUAUCUCACUGCUUUGAAUUUAUCACUCAAGAAUGGGGAGAAGCUUGAUAAGGGUGCACGUUGCAGUUUUAUUUAUCACUACUUCUUUGGUUGGCACUGGUGUGAGGAAUGUUUGAAGUUCAAUCUUUUGAAGAAACAACGAAAGACAUUAAUACCAAUUACCAGUAACUUAUUCUUUUACUCUUUUUGGCUUUGCACUGACUGUGCACUUUUUGCUACUACACCAUAA